GGGGCAUAGACUAGUGUGUGUGGUCAAGAUUUGCUACGCAAAAUAGUUCGUCAUGACCUAAAUCGCCUCGGAAUUUCACUGGUGACGUGAAGCGGAUUAUCUUUAUGCAAUAAGAAGCUUGUAAUACCACUAAAGUUGCAAAUUUGCAUGUUGGAGAGCCCGCGCAAGGUAUUGCAAGUGUUUUGUGUACCUUCAACUUGCAUUUGCACCUGAGGUAUGUGAAAGAGAAUGAGAACCAUUGGAUGCCUGUAUCUCCAUCAGUACCAGCGUUUCUUCAAGCGUUCAGUGACGGACUCUGGCUGCUCCAAAUCAUUGCGCACGGCACACCACCUGAAUAUAGAGGCUCUGUUUCGGCUGUUCUCCGUCUGAGGGAUUUGGAUAUCUUUUAAGAGCUACUUAGCUAUUAAAGCACAUUAUUCGACGCAUUUGGACAGGUGUGAGUGUUAAUACAUCGCGCACGCAACUGGAUUUCCGGCGCGUUGGACAGGAUUCAGCACCACGGCUGCGGACAGCUCCCGUUCCCCCGUGACACACGUCUGGAUGGCUGCUGCUCGGGUUUCUCUGUCGCUGCUCUGAUCCACUCUGUACGCGAUGGCAUCUCACGGGUUUUGGUUUAUGGGUGCUGAAAACGCGUCUGGAAACGGCAGUCAAAGCCCGAACACUCCCAGAGCAUGGUGUCAGGCGGCGGCCCAGAAAUUCUCCGGAGGCAUCAGCUCCAAAUUAUGUGCUCUGUUAAAUGUCGGGGAGGCUGAGAAAACAGCUCAAGCUCCAGUUAAAGCAGAGGAUGGGUCUACAGCCGAGAGCUGCGGCUGUAAUAAACCCUGUAACUGCUCCAAAGACACCGUGUGUUUCUCUGAUCUCUAUUCAACAGAUCUUUUACCUGCACUGAAUGGGGACGCGAAGACUAUGAAUUUUCUGCAGGAGGUUGUGGAUAUAAUGCUGGCUUAUAUAGUGGAAUCUUUUGACAGGUCGACGAAAGUGAUCGAUUUUCACUAUCCAAACGAAUUGCUCCAAAGGAAUAAUUGGGAGCUUUCGGACGAACCCGAGACUCUAGAUGAUAUUCUGAUCAGCUGUCGAGCCACGCUAAAAUACGCAAUAAAAACUGCACACCCCAGAUAUUUCAAUCAGCUCUCCACUGGGUUGGACAUGGUUGGGUUGGCUGCAGAUUGGCUAACCUCCACAGCCAACACCAAUAUGUUUACCUAUGAGGUGGCUCCAGUCUUUGUGCUGCUGGAAUAUGUCACGCUGAAGAAGAUGAGGGAGAUCAUUGGCUGGCAAGAUGGCCAUGGUGAUGGAAUAUUCUCCCCGGGUGGCGCCAUUUCAAACAUGUAUGCCAUGCUGCUGGCUCGCUAUAAAAUGUUCCCUGAGGUCAAGGAUAAAGGAAUGUCAUCCGCACCAAGACUGGUGGCCUUCACAUCUGAACAUAGCCAUUUCUCAAUCAAGAAAGGAGCAGCCGCACUUGGAAUUGGUACAGAAAGUGUCAUCUGUAUUAAAGCUGAUGAAAGGGGUAAAAUGAUUCCUUCCGAUCUUGAGAGGAGAGUUAUUGAAGCCAAGCAGAAGGGAUUCGUGCCGUUCUUUGUCAGCGCCACAGCUGGCACCACGGUUUAUGGUGCCUUUGAUCCCCUGAUGUCUAUAGCGGACAUCUGUAAGAAGCAUGAUAUCUGGAUGCAUGUGGAUGGAGCAUGGGGCGGAAGUUUGCUAAUGUCCCGGAAACAUCGGUGGAAGCUGAAUGGAGUCGAGAGGGCUAAUUCUAUGACCUGGAACCCUCAUAAAAUGAUGGCUGUACCCUUGCAGUGCUCAGCUCUACUGGUUCGAGAGGAGGGUCUGAUGCAGGGCUGCAAUCAGAUGCAGGCCUGUUAUCUGUUCCAGCAGGACAAGCACUAUGAUCUGUCCUAUGACACAGGGGACAAGGCCCUGCAGUGCGGCCGCCAUGUGGACAUCUUCAAACUAUGGCUAAUGUGGCGAGCUAAGGGCACUAUUGGUUUUGAGGCUCAGAUUGACAAAUGUCUGGAGCUUUCAGAGUAUCUCUACAACAAGAUCAAGGACAGGGAAGGAUACAAGAUGGUGUUUGAUGGAAAACCUCAGCAUACCAAUGUGUGUUUCUGGUACCUUCCACCGGGUGUACGCUACUUGGAGGACAAAGUGGAGAAAAUUAAGCGUCUGCACAAGGUUGCCCCUUUAAUUAAAGCCAAAAUGAUGGAGUAUGGAACGACCAUGGUGAGCUAUCAACCGCAGGGAGACAAGGUCAACUUCUUUCGUAUGGUCAUCUCCAACCCAGCUGCUACCUUUGCAGACAUUGACUUCCUCCUUGAAGAGAUUGAGCGACUGGGACAGGAUCUUUAAAAACUUUAGAUGCCAAAACUUCUUAUUCUUGUGUCCUUGGAAGGAACGGAUAUUUGUUGUGAAUGUAACGGUAAAACUUUGAUUCCUCUUUUCCAAAGUCAUAUAAAGGUAGUAUGAUAUGAAAAAAAAAUUAUAAUUAAAAAAGACAAUUUGAAAAUAUCUAGACUUUAAUAUUGUAGCAUUGUUGUGAGCCUCAUGCUCUAAAGCCCUGUAAAAGUGUUAACGUCUGCUUUUACUGUCUAUCUUAGUGACUUUGACAUGACUUUGUUUGUUUUUUAUGGAGAAUAUAAGGAGUUAUUUGCUUCUAUUCAGUGCAGGAUUUAAGUUUCUAUUUGGACCGUUAUUUAAAGUGUCAGAUUACAGACUAUAUUAAUAGAGACAAAACCACUUAAUCAGACCUAAAACUUUUGCAUUCACAGGGAAUGUGUGACUUUUAUCGAUUUAACAAGAUACAGAACCAUAGGAAGAGUUUUUAAAACAGUUUUGACCAGCUAUAUUGAGUGUGGACAUGAAGUUUGCAGUUGGAACUAAUUAACAUAUGUGCAACAAUAAGCACAAAUAUAAUGGUGCACUUUAAAAUUAUAUUAACAAGAGGCUGCCAGCAUAUAUAAUGAACAUUAAUAUUAUAUAAACGUGUCUAUACAUUAGCAUAUUAUAUGCUACUCUAGUUCUAAAAUUUGACAAAAUUUUAAUUAUAAUAAUAAAUAAGAACAAAAUUAAAAUAAUCUUAGUAUAAAAUGAAAAUAUUCUUGACUACUCCUGUUCGCAGAAUAAAACGCUCUGUAAAAAGGGAAAUUUCCUUCCCUAUAAUAACGUGCAAUAUUCUUUAUUUCUUUACUGGGAACUUAAUAUUUGGAAAAGUGCAAUCGAGCGGCAUUUGUAUGGCAGUUGAUUUUGGAAACUGUUUAGGUAGAUGUUCACAUUUAAGCAAGAAAAAUUUAAAUAAAUCAAAUAUUCCUCUUUUCAACAAUGUCCCCUGCAAACAAACAAUAGCACUU